AUGAAUUCUCAAACUCGAUUGAAUUCGGAUUGUCUAAAACGAAUAUUUGAACACAUAUCUUAUUCAUCAGAAUACCUUCAUAUAACGCAUAAGACGUUACAUUCAUGUAUUUUAGUAAGUAAACAUUUUUGUGAGAAUGCCAUGCCAAUAUUAUGGAGGAAUCCAUGGAAUCCUAGCACGAAUAAAUUCAAGAACAAUUAUAAUAAAAAGUUUUCCAUCAGCAAGACGAUUUUAUCAUGCCUAUUGUAUCAUCAUCAACAAGAGAACGAUUUGAUGGAGAUUAACGAGUCGACGAAUUCUACAGAUGGUACAACUUUUAAACCACCUUUAUUUGAUUAUAUAAGUUAUUGUAAAUAUGUUGAUUAUCAAGACAUUGAGAAGAUAGCUCAAACGUUAUUGGAUAGGAAACAUGAGUUAAAUAUUUUUAUUAAAAUAAAAUAUAAAAAGAACACCUUGCUCGAAUACAUUUGGAAAUUAUUCAUGGUAAAAUGUAAUAAUCUAGAGUACCUCAGGUACCCAAAUAAUGUUAAUAUAAGUACUUUACCAGGAUCUCAAAAUUCUUUAGAAUCGUUGAACGAGUUGGAAUGUGAGGUCAAAAAGGAUUCAAGUCAUUUGAAAUUAACAAUAAAUUAUACUGGAUUGGCUAAAAUUUGUUUCAACUUGAAAAGAAUUAUCGUCAAACCUUUGGAUAAGGAUAACAGGGGUUUGGCUACCUUGAUUAGGGCGCAGAAUGGUUUGAAGGAAUUAAAUUUAUUCACGAAUCAAAAUGCGGUGAAAGAUUUGAGAUUUAUCGAUCAAGCGUUAUUAAUUCAAUCUCAUUCACUUGAAACCUUAACGAUUAAAGGAAAUUUUUAUUUUCAAAAUUCUUUCCUUUCCUCUUUACAUAAUUUAAAACGAUUACAAAUUAAAUUGGCCAUAAAUAGUAACAUAAAUUAUUUACUGGAUUCUGCCAUUUUACCAAAUCUUGAAUUCCUAUCUAUUCAAUUAAAUUAUUAUGCUUUUGAUUUAUCUUUAGAUCAUUACUCUAGAUUGAUUUCAAGGACAAAGGGUCACCUUCGUAAAUUCGAAAUAAUUAAUGCCACGAGACCCCCGACAAGGGUACUUGGGUUACAACCUUAUCUUCAAUCAAUAAUUACCCAUUGCCCUCAAAUUAAUAGUGUUAGAAUCUGGUACAUUAAUGAUUUUUUGAAUGAUUUCAAACAUUUAUUAAUUAAUGCCGAACAUUUAAAUUCCAUUGAACUGGAUUUUUUAGAAAUGCAUUUAAAUGAUUAUUACACGAUAUUUGAUGAUGAUGAAUCGGAAAGGGAGAGGGAACAUCACGCAAAACUAUUAUUAGAUGCCCUAGCGUGUUUAUCCUCGCAUAAUCUAAAUCAUUUGUAUUUGCAUAACCUUUGGUGGUUAUUACCUCGAGAAUUAAAUCACUUUUUGGAAUCUUGGAAAAAGAAAUUGGUUCGAUUGACUUUAAAACUUAAAGCCAAUAGAAAGGUAGAUUUGAAUUCUUAUUUAGACGUAAUUGAAAAACACGUCAAGGCAGGCACAUUAACUGACGACUCGGGUCUGUGGGUUAAAGAAUUUCCAUAUUAG